AUGUCAUCUGCCACAAUCAGUGACUCAGCUACUACAUUAACACCUACACCAUCGCCAUCACCAUCACCAUCGCCAUCACCAUCACCAUCGCCAUCACCAUCACCAUCGCCAUCACCAUCACCAUCACCAUCACCAUCGCCAUCACCAUCACCAUCACCAUCACCAUCACCAUCACCAUCACCAUCACCAUCACCAUCACCAUCACCACCACUGCUGCUACUACUGGAACCACCAUCACCACCAGCAGCACUACAAACAGCAGCAACAAUAGUAGCUUCGUCAGCCUCACUGUCACCAAUCUGCUGCUUCCGAGACUGCUGA